UGCAGUCUUCAGCGUCACAUGAUCCUUCAGAAAUCAUUCUAAUAUGCUGAUUGGCUGCUCAAGAAACAUUUCUGAUUAUCAUCAAUGUUGAAAACAGCUGUGUUGCACAAUAUUUUUUUGUGGAAACCGUCAUACAUUUUAUUUUUCAGGAUUCUUUGAUGAAUAAAAAGUUCAAAAGAACAGCAUUUUUUUAAACAGAAAUCUGUUGUUACAUUAUAAAUGUCAUGUUUGAGCUAUUUAAUGCUGCCUUGGUGAGUAAAAGUACUAAUUUCUAAAUCUUACAGACCCCAAAGGUGUGUUGCGGUCAAAUCUGGGUGAUUCAGUUAUCUGGUCAUGCAUGCAAUAACACAAAUGUUCUGAUAUCACAUAACCAAGUUACUAAGCUCUGGUGUCAAAACAAAUUGGUGCAAUAGAUUUCAUGCAUGCAAUGCAUGUCAGUCUCAAAACACUGACUGGUGGAGCAGUUUGACCCCGAAUGAACCUAAUCACUAACACAAAAAGUGAUGCUUAAUGAGCGUAAGGGUCUUCAGAAUGGACAAAUCUUGCAUUGCAGUUUAAAAUUCACUGGCGUGCUGCCUUUUAGCAACAAUUAUCUCCUAAUGGAAAUGACACUGAAGAGCUGAACACAUUAUCAUCAGCUCAUCUUAUCUAGAAAUCAUUUGGUGAGUGUACAGGAAAUGGUUUAAUUUUCGAAAACAGCACAUCAGCACGUUUGCACAAAACAUCCAAUGUUAGAGACAGAAAUGAAAGGACUUAAGAAUGUCUGAACAUGCAAGAUACUGCUCAGCCUUCUGCUUUAUCUUCACCAUCGAUUGUUUGCUGGUGGCGCAGGUAAAGGCACAAGACUCUUCCAGUGAUGAACCAGAAAUCAAAUAUGCCAUCAUAGGAGCAGGAAUAGGCCUUUUCUUGUCCAUCUGCUUUCUGCUAAUCAAACUCUACAUCAUCAGAAAGCAGGUGCAUGACAGUGAACAGGAGAGAUCAGAUGCAUCACUAAGAAGAGCAUCUGCACGAGGAGAAGGAGAGAAAAAAAGAGUGGAGGACUUCACUUUUUGUGAAGAGAUUGAACUGGAGUUGCAUGGAGCCCAUCAGCCUGGAGAAUGAAGAUCUCUGCAGUGCUAACAGCUCUCCUGACUAACCUCCUCUUUGGAAAUGUGUGCUCAGCUAUCAAUGUCACAGUCACUCCAUCUCCGUUCACUGCGGUAGCUGAGGGGGAAAACAUCACCUUGUCCUGUCAGGUGACCCAGCGGCGGCGGUCAGGGAGUCUGCCUGUGGUGCGCUGGAUGUUUCAGCCAGAAUCGGGAGGAGAGGAGCUGCUGGUGGCGCGGGUGAACAUGCGGAAAGCCAAGUUCUACGGGAACUACACCAAGAGCUUCAGAAAGCCCAAAAUGAAACUGACUGUGGUGAAACAGGGCAAGAUAUUCAACCUCCUCAUCAUGAACAUCAGUGAACAGGACAGGGGUCUUUACAGCUGCAGGGUCCAAGAGUUCAAGAAGCAUCAGGAACGAUGGAAAGCUUCCACCAACAGCUCGGCCUCUACGCAGCUCCGAGUCCAUGUUCUCCCAGCUGGCAAACCAAAGGAGGAAUUGUGGAGUCUGUUUGAAGAUGUGUAUCUGUGUGCUGUGCUGGUGUGUUGUGUUGGGCUCUUGUGCAUGUGCAUGUUCACUAUAGCUGUGAGCUGUCAGUAUCUGCAGAGGAAGAGACGAUUAAAAGAAAACUAUCAUUUGGUCAAGAGUCCACAGAACAGUUCAGGCGAGACGGUCACUAGUGUGGUCAGUCUCUCUCCAGCUCUUCCCAAGAAGAUGAGAAAGUAUAAGAAAAAUAAAAGUGUGGAGCAGCCAGACGUGCCACCAGAGAUACCAGCUAAAGCCCCUAUUGCAGACAAAAUGCGAAAGCCGAAGCUUUUAAAACCUCAACCCAGAAAAGUGGUUUUGCCCAAAAUUGCAGAAGAGAGUCUGAUGUACGCUGAGCUCGAACUGAUGAAGCCGCUGCCUGAAGCCAAAACUACAAAGACAGGAACGGUGUACGCUCAGAUACUCUUUGAGGACAAGCCUGUGUAGCAUUACAAUUUCUUGAAGAAAACUUAAUUUAUAAUAACACAUUGAUUUUAUUCAUCACCGUUUUUCUGAUGUUUUAUACAUGCAACCUUAAGUGAAUUGUACAUAUUGUAUAUGUAUGUUCUUUAAUUUCUAAGUUGUUCUAUCUGUGACAAAAAAAAAAAAAAAAAAAAGUUUCAUAUUUAGCAAAACCAAAUUAUUAUCAUCCGAAAACUGCAAUCUGUAACUAAAAGGCACAUAAAUACAGUAGCCAACCUGUCUCAGAAACAACUCUUGCAAAAGAUUGUGUAAAGGUAAACCAACAAAUAUUAUCCAUUUGAAUUGCCAUAAGCUCUUAAUAAACAAAUAAUUUAUAUGAGGAUAUUUUGCACAAAUAUAUUUCAACAACAACAACAAAAAAAAAACAUGGAAAUCUUCUCAGGAAUGUUCUGGGUUCAAUGCAAAGUCAUCUCUCUGAACAGCUUCUGUGGCCUGCACUUGAUGCAUUUCAGCUUAUGUUAAUUAUUCUCUACAUAGAUGUGUUAUUCGAGCUGUAAAGUUGUGUAAACCGUCCGUUUAGUGACGGGGCUACUUUUCUAGGUAGAUGAACUUGAAUUUUGCAUCGCCAACACCAAGUUUUUUUUCCAUUUAACCGUACAAUCUCGUACCUAUGUCAACUUUGGUGGUUUUCUGCUCAAAUUAUUGAGUUUAAAUGCUUUAUACAUUAUUGUAAAGAAAUAAUAUAACUUUGAGUAGACAAGCUAAUAAAUGAUUUUAUCACACCAGACUCAAGUUAACAUGUAAAAAUGUUAAAUAUAAUGUAAAUGUUGUGGCUUUUUAACAUUUAUUCUGGUGCACAACUUUCAUUAUACACUGAUAAAAUGAUUUUCUUAAUCAGUAUUCUUGUCUUGUUUUCUACUAUAAAUAGCUAAAACAACUUAAAAAGCAAAAAUGGCAUUAGAUAUUAAGUCUUGUUUUUUUUUUUUUUUUUUGAGAAAUGUAUUAAAAUUAAGUGGAUUUAAGCUUUAAAAGAAAAAAAAAAGCAGAAUUCUGCAAGGUCAGAAAAAAAGGGAAAACUAGUUGAAUUUUCUGAAAAUUUGCAAAUAUUUUUUUCUUGUUUUAGGCUUAAACUCACUUAACUGUCAUACAUGUUUCAGUCAUUUUGCUUCGAAAGUAAAGGUAUCUUGAUUUAAGCAUGCUUAGAUCUUUGUACUGGAUUUUUGCAGUGCAAAUACAUUACUGUUAAUGUGAUUUUUGUUUGUUUGUUUUCACAAGCCUGAAUUAUUUCUGUGGUAAAGGAGAGCAGGCCACAGAAGCUCAACUUGUGUUGAACCCAGAAAAUUCUGAAGCCUGUUUGUUUUUCUUUUUUAUGACUUCUUUUUAUGGAAGAACGUUUUUGAUUUAAUAAUGGAAAGCUAAUGAAAUAUCAGGGCGUAUAUCUGGAACAGACAUGCAGGCACCACGGAUCUGACCUUUCAGUGUCUGUCUGACUCUUUAGGAAUAAAUAAGACACAAUCUCUCACUCCAAGGGUUUUUGACACUAUCACAGACUUACGAUGUAUAAGAAAGUUAUUUAACUGUGAAAUGUAGAGGGUCCUGAAAGCCCACCGCCUUCACCACUAACAAGAACCAUCUGUGAAUGACGUACUGAGACUCUCUACUCAACACAUGCUGAAAAUAUACUGUUUUUCUCUUCUGUUUCGUAAGUGUGCUGUAAAUUAAACAUUUGUAUGUGAAAA